AUGUUCUCCAUCCUCUCUGUGGUCCUUUUCUUUGGGUUGCUGACUCCAUCAAGAGGGCUACUAGAAACAGUUGGAACAGUCGCACGGAUUGAUAAAGAUGAACUGGUGUCAGCCAUCCAGAAUUCCCUAGUGGGUGGUCCCAUCCUACAGAAUGUGCUGGGGACUGUCACAUCCUUGAAUCAAGGUCUACUUGGGUCUGGAGGGCUUCUUGGAGGAGGGGGCAUCCUCAGUUAUGGUGGAGUAGUUGGAAUUGUGGAAGAGGUCUCUGGAUUGAAGAUUGAAGAGAUUGUACUCCCCAAGGUAUCCGUGAAGCUACUGCCAGGAUUUGGAGUGCAGUUAAGUCUGCUGACCAAAGUUGGCCUCCAUGGAUCAGGUCCACUGGGGAGCCUGUUGCAGGUGGCAGCUGAGGUAAAUGUGUCAUCCAGGGUAGCCUUGGGGGUGAGUCCCAAGGGCACACCGAUCCUGAUUGUGAAGAGUUGCAGUACUCUCUUGGGCCACAUCAGUCUGCUAUCUGGGCUGCUGCCAGCCCCACUCUUUGGUGUGGUGGAACAGACACUCUUCAAGGUGCUCCCCAGAUUGCUCUGUCCCAUCAUUGAGAGCGUCCUGGUGGUGGUGAAUGAGCUCCUGGGUGCUGUGCUGUGCCUCGUCCCCAUUGGUGCCCUGGGCACUGUGGAAUUCACACUGGCUACUCUGCCCAUCAUCUCCAACCAGUAUAUCCAGUUGGACAUCAAUCCUCUGGUUAAGAGUGUGGGUGGUGAUCUGAUCGACCUCCCUGAGCCUCCAACGCCCAUCAAGGUGCCUCCAAAGGAGGAUCAUACUUCCCAGGUGACAGUGCCAUUGUAUCUCUUCAACACUGUAUUUGAACUCCUGGAGACCAAUGGGGCCUUGGACAUUGACAUCACACCUGAACUGGUUCCUAGCAACGUGCCCAUGACAACGACAACUUUGGCAGGACUGGCUCCUGAGGCUCUGGGAACUCUGCCGCCGGAUGAAAAUUUGCUGAUCACAUUGAGAGUGAAGAAAGCACCGGCAUUCACGCUGACAAGCGGGAAAGCGUCCAUGACCAUCCCGGCAUCUAUGGAGUUGUUCAUCUACCACCCCCACGGGACUCCCGAGUCCCUUUUGUCACUGAGUUCGGUCCUGACACUGAAUGCUCAGCUAGCUACCUCAGCAACUAAACUACACGUUUCUCUCUCUCUGGAACGAUUCAGUGCUGAACUGGAUUCUUCCUAUGCUGCUAAAUUUGAUGUUUCACAUCUAGAGGAGUGGCUCAGCGACGUCGUGCGGGCAGUUUAUGUGAACAAACUCAAUGUUGUUUUGGAAGUAGGCAUUCCUCUGCCUAAGAUCCUUAACGUCAACUUUGCAAAUGCAGGUCUGGAGAUCAUUGAGAAUGCCAUUGUGUUGACCGUGGUUUCACGAAACUGAGGGGAUGGAGGAAUCUUCAGGGCUUUGAUACUUUCUGAAGAUUCAGGUGAAGCCCUCCAGCCUUCCUGGUUUCCUCUUCUUCCGAUUCUCUUGUGAGCCUUAGAGUAGAUUAAAAAAAAAUCAACCCACACAUUCUGGGCUGGCCCUUCCUGGUUCCGUGAGCCUUCAGCAACAGUGGCCAGUCCAGCUCACUCAGGAUCCUUUCCUAGGAAGGCCUUUUAGGAUAUGGAGAGCAAUCUGGGUCUACCCCUGCACCUGCUCUUAUUUCAAUAAAGGAUUCUACUGUUUCUGCAUUCCCUGGCUGGUAUUUUUUCUCUGACCUUACCCAAUUUGCUUGAUUCUUUUCUUCCCUUUCUGGAAAUCUAGCAAUAGGAUUUGGA